CCACAGCUUCAUCACACACAAACAACCCAAACAGCCUUCAGACACUGGUUUGCGCUGCUGCUGAACCUUCUUUUCUUCCCGUUUGUCUGAAGUUCUACAGAAAUUUUUUUACAACAGAAAAUGAACUUAGAGACAAAGUGAACUGAUUCACAGAGAGAAAGUUCAAAGCAUUUACAGGUUUAUUGAACCAGAGUCUCAGUGUCAGCUGAUUGGACGAUGCCGACUACAGGUCUCCAGGUCCUCGGUGUGGUGGUGUCCAUCGCCGGGUGGGUUGGCGGGGCCUUGGUGUGCGCCGCCCCGUUUUGGCGCGUGUCGGCUUUUGUCGGAGAUGAGCUCGUGGUAUCUGAGGUCCUGUGGGAGGGGCUGUGGAUGUCCUGUCUAUCACAGCUAGGAAGGAUCCAGUGUAAAGUGUAUGACUCCGCCCUUGCACUCCCAGGCUCCACCCAGUUUUGCCGUGUGAUGGUUAUUCUGUCUGUCCUCUUCGGAUUACUGGCUUUACCCCUGAGUGUGAUUGGGAUGAAGUGCACGCAUUGUCUCGAGGGCGCACGUGACUCUAAGUCUCGCCUGGUGCGUAUAUCCGGUGGCAUCUUCAUGGUGGCUGGCGUGGCUUUCUUCAUGCCGGUGUUCUGGACCACCAUUGUUGUGAUUCAGAACUUUUACGACCCGAACGUUGCACCACCACUCAAGCGUGAACUUGGCCCUGCCCUGUACCUCGGAGGGGGCGUGGCCUUCAUGAUGUUGGCUGGAGGGUUUAUGCUGUACCAAGGAGGCUCCGCCACCACUGGCGUUCCAACCAAGCCUAAUUUAGGCAAAGGGGCGGGACCAUCCAAGGACAAUCCUGCAGAGGGGAAACAAGACAAGGCUUAUGUUUGAGCAAGACCAAGAUUUAGUCAGAAUGUUCAAGUGGCCAAAAAAUAAUGCAGAAACAUGCAAGAGAAAAUAUCAGGGCUUCAGACCUGCAAAUUAAAAAGAAAAGCAAUAAAAUAUUUAAAAAUGAAUACACAAAAAAACAUCUGAUUUCCUGCAGGUUUUAUUUUAAUCUUAAUCUAAUUAUAAUCAUCUCGUUUGCUUUUAAUCGACUGAUGUGUGUUUUUGGUCAUUAUAUUCGCUUUAAACAGAAUGACUUAAUUAAUAAAUAAUACAGAGCUUUGUUAGAAAAAAAAAUCAACAAUCUUUUCCUCUGUCUGAUUUUAUACUUUACAUUUGAC